AUGAAUAAGGUUACAACAAACGAGAAAGAAGUGAAGCUCCUGCGCAAUGUAGACACGAGAAAAGCUAUAGGACCUGACGGUGUUAACCCUCGGCUGCUUCAGAGGUGCACAAAAGAGCUGUCGUCUCUUCUCACAUUAAUUUUUAACACAUGUUUAAGCUCCUGCAAAUGGCCUACACCUUUUGAAACAAACAAGAUACUUGAAAAAAUAACAUCUUCCCAGCUUACAAACCACAUCAACAAAAACCACCUUCUGUCUACCCGGCAAAAUGCCUUUCGGAAGAAGCGCUCUGCUGCCGAACUGCUGUUACAGAUGACUGCAGACUGGUCAGCUGCACUUGACUGCGGACAGCGCACUUAUGUUCUUGCCAUGGACAUAGAGGGAACCUUUGAUAGGGUAUGGCACCUAGGCUUGUUAAGCAAGUUAAAAGCAUUUGGAGUGGACGUCCUGGUCAAUGUAAAACACUAUGACAUCAAAGCAGGUGUCCCUCAAGGAAGCAUAUAG